AUGGGGAACCGCACCACUGUCACCGAGUUUGUGCUGAUGGGGCUCUCAGAUGCCUGUGAGCUGCAGAUGCUCAUCUUCCUGGGGCUCCUCCUGACCUACCUCCUCACACUGCUGGGGAACCUCCUCAUCGUGGUCCUCACCCUCACCGACAGGCGCCUGCACACCCCCAUGUACUACUUCCUCCGCAACUUUGCUGUCCUGGAGAUCUGGUUCACCUCAGUCAUCUUCCCCAAGAUGCUGAACAACAUCCUCACUGGACAUAAAACCAUCUCCCUACCAGGCUGCUUCCUACAAAGUUUCCUCUAUUUCUCCCUGGGCACCACAGAGUUCUUCCUGCUGGCAGUGAUGUCCUUUGACAGGUAUGUGGCCAUAUGUAACCCCUUGCGUUAUGCCACCAUCAUGAACAAAAGGGUCUGUGUCCAGCUGGUGCUCUCUUCAUGGACAACAGGAUUCCUUCUCAUCAUUGUUCUGAGUUUCUUCAUGUUUCGGCAGCCAUUCUGUGGCCCCAAUAUUAUUAACCAUUUCUUCUGUGACAACUUUCCUCUCCUGGAACUCAUAUGUGCAGACACAACUCUCAUAGAGCUUCUGUGUUUUGUCGUGGCCAACUUCAGCUUGCUGGGCACUCUGUCCGUGACAGCCACCUGCUAUGGCCGCAUCCUCCACACUGUCCUGCGCAUCCCCUCAGCCAAGGAGAGGCAGAAAGCCUUCUCCACCUGCUCCUCCCACAUCAUUGUGGUGUCCCUCUUCUAUGGCAGCUGCAUCUUCAUGUAUGUCCGGUCAGGCAAGGGUGGCCAGGGAGAGGACAGGAACAAGGUGGUGGCAUUACUCAAUACCGUGGUGACCCCGAUGCUCAACCCUUUCAUCUACACUCUGAGGAACAAACAGGUGAAGCAGGUGUUUAGGGAACAGGUGAGCAAGCUCCUUCAUGAAGCUGUGGAACGAAGAGGCAGAAGCUCGUAUUUCUAG